GUACUAGAUACUGUAUAUCAUGACCUGGAUGAAGGAGAAUCUUUAUAGACAUAAGAACCAGUGGUGGCCAAUACUUGGCAAGGUAUUAACUGCCAUGUAACAGUGUUCCCAGUGCCCGUCGCACAUACCUGGGUGCACUGGCAUUGUCUCUGGUCACUUGGAGGACCUUCAGCAGAUCAGAACUGAAUGCUUAUCUACAGUAUGGGAGAUUUUUUUCCUUCAUAUGAAGUGGUGGAGAUAUCCUUCACAGAGGGGCAAAAGAACAUACAGCUGUACGAUGUUGGACACCAAUAACAGAGUACCAGGGUUAUUGUCCACUGGGGCAGGUCAGCCUAGGAGAGGUCCCACCAGACCAUCAGCCUCUUAUCAUGUAUAAUUGCUGUGAGAGUGUGAGAGCAAAUCGGGAGAAACCCGUUUGCUUAGACAGAAGCCAAGCUGACUCAUAUGCAAAAGAAAGAGGCGUCAAACGUGGUCAUCAAAAGUUUCUAUGCAGAGGAUUAAACACAUUUGUAACACAUGAAGUCAAUUAUCAAUUGCUAAUUGUAUAGGAUUUCAGGAACACCUUUACUAGCACACAGGAACUUUGGUUGCUCAGCCAAUGAGCAGCUCCAUCCCAGCCCUAGGGAAAACCCCUCACAGCAUCUAAUUGGUGCAAAGGACAAUUGCAGCCUAAAAAUCAAGGAGAUGUCGCCAUUGAAGCGAAACAGGGUUGAGAAGAAGAUGACUUGGGGGGAGGACAAUGACACUGAUCAGCUGUUUGUGACUAAACUGAGAUAUGGAAUGAAGGUCUCAAAUAAGAAGAACUUCUUGUCCCAUAGCUCUACUUUGAGGUACAAAAAAUAUGAUCUUGAAUCUUCUGCAAACUUCGUUCUUAAGCAGCAGCCACCCCUCGAGCCUGGAGACCUGAUUGAGUUUGUCCGACUGUGGGGGGUCUACAGUCAUUGGGGAGUCUAUGUUGGAGAUGGCAGAGUUGUGCACCUAGAAGUAAUAGUGGACUUUAAUUUGCUAUUGGACCCAAUGUCUCCAGUGGGGGAUGGGAAAGUCCUGGAGCAAUCGGUGGAAUCGGUGGCCAACGGGAGCAAAUACCGAGUCAAUAACAGCUAUGAUAAAUAUUAUGCACCCAGGAGGAAGGAGGACAUUGUUGCAAUGGCAAAACAACAAGUUGGGAAGAAAAUGACUUAUAAUCUUAUGGUGUCCAACUGCGAGCACUUCUCUACAUUCAUGAGAUACGGUGUGGCUUCCUCCAAACAGGCCAGAGAGUCGAGGAUAGCGCACUGUAUCCAUAUGGUCCCAGUCUUUAGGAUACUGAGGCUUUUCCACCAAAUGACCCAACACUUCAAUAAAUUGCUCACCUUCUUCAGCACAAUGGUCAAGACAUUCUUCAACUGCAACAAAAUGUUCUUCAAGACCAUGAUCAGUUGGGCUUCCUUAUCUCCAGUCCUUCUGCCCUUCUGGUCCAAUGAAACCAUGUGAUUCUUCAGCUCAGCACAUUUGCUUGGAUCUUGUGCUCUCAUUAUGUACAAGGUCUCAUCCUCUGGGCAACACAUAUACGGCAGUUACAUGUUAUAAAUCUACUUGACUCGUGACUCAUUUAGGAACAUCGUCUUUGACCUCUUCGUUCCUAUGGAAUUUUUAUGGCUAUAUUAUAAGAGAUUCUGUCCCAUUUUGGCAGCUUCCAUGGUCAAGGCCUUCAGUUAUUGCUGGAUGUGGUUGUGAUUCCGAGCCUGGGAACUCCGAGCAGGGAGGCGGGGUGUGACAUCACAGGGGCGGAGCUAUAAAGCGGCGAUUGCCGAUUCACCAAUCCCUAUGUCAAAAUCUCCAAAAAUCCUGCCCAAUUUUCAAAAUUGGGAAAACUGGGCAGUUAAGGUGGCCAAACACGGGCCGA